GGGGGGGGGCGCUGGCCGCCGCCACGUGACGGCGCGCGCGGCAGCCGCCAUGGGGACGGCGCUGGACAUCAAGAUCAAGCGGGCCAACAAGGUGUACCGCUGCGGGGAAAUACUUUCUGGAGUCGUGGUCAUAACAAGUAAGGACACAGUCCAGCACCAAGGUAUCUCGUUAACAAUGGAAGGAUCAGUGAAUCUGCAGCUUAGUGCUAAAAGUGUGGGUGUGUUCGAAGCUUUCUAUAACUCUGUCAAGCCUAUUCAAAUUAUUAACAGCACUAUUGAAAUGGUAAAACCAGGAAAACUUCCCAGUGGCAAGACAGAAAUUCCAUUUGAAUUUCCAUUGCAUAUGAAGGGGAAUAAAGUUCUAUAUGAGACAUAUCACGGUGUCUUUGUUAAUAUUCAGUAUACCCUACGGUGUGAUAUGCGACGUUCUCUGCUGGCAAAAGACCUAACCAAGACUUGUGAAUUCAUAGUCCACUCACUGUCACAGAAAGGGAAACUGACACCAAGCCCAGUAGACUUCACAAUUACUCCUGAAACUUUGCAAAAUGUUAAAGAGAGAGCUUCACUUCCCAAAUUUCUCAUCAGAGGUCACCUCAGUUCUACAAACUGCGUCAUCACGCAGCCCCUAACAGGAGAGCUGGUGGUGGAGAAUGCAGAGGCUGCAGUCAAAAGCAUUGAGCUGCAGUUGGUGCGUGUGGAAACCUGUGGGUGUGCGGAAGGUUACGCCCGGGAUGCCACAGAGAUACAGAAUAUUCAGAUUGCUGAUGGGGAUGUCUGCAGGGGCCUGCCCAUUCCUAUUUACAUGGUGUUCCCCAGGUUGUUCACCUGCCCUACCCUGGAAACAACGAACUUCAAAGUUGAGUUUGAAGUUAACAUUGUUGUUCUUCUGCACGAUGAUCAUCUCAUCACAGAGAACUUCCCGCUGAAGCUCUGCAGGAUGUAAACAGCCAGAAGAGAAUCACUGGAAAAGGACAAAAUUCUUCACAGGCAAAGUGAAGUCUUACCCAUGUCUUAUUUUAACUGAAAACACAUCACUUCUUUCUUCCUGCCGGUAGUUGUGAUUUUGGUUCUCUACCAAUCUUGGUAAGACUUUGCCUGCCUUGCGAUAGCUGACAGGGAUGUAUCUGUCCAGGCAGCCUCAUCAGGUAUCUUUCUGACUGCAACCACCACGUCUUCCCCAACUGUUCUCAGACAAAUCCUGAAGAAAUGAUUCCAUAUUUUUCUACAAGUUGUAGAAAUACGUAGUAAAUUUUUCUCCUUAUUCCAUUUUGUAAUAUUUGUUCCGAAGUCCUUUAAAGACCUCUUAAGCCUAGUAAUUCCUG